AUGUCAUCAGCAAUGUCCAAACGUUUGGAAGGCAAGACCGUUCUUAUCACAGGUGCCUCAUCUGGAAUAGGACGGUCUACAGCCUUUGAAUUUGCACGAACUGCCCCGAAGAACCUCAAAUUGAUCCUGACCGCGCGCCGUAUCGACAGCCUCAAGCAGAUCGCGGCGGAUAUUGCUAAGGAGGUCGGAGAUGGUGUCAAAGUGUUACCGGUACAGCUUGACGUCAGCAACGCAGAUGAGGUCCGCGCUUUUCCCGGAAAAUUGCCUGCAGAGUUCAAGGAGGUCGACGUGCUGGUAAACAACGCUGGAUUGGUCCGAGGCGUGGCAAAAGCGCCAGACAUAGCCGAAGAAGACAUGAAUGUCAUGUUUGCCACCAAUGUGCUUGGCCUGAUCAACAUGACUCAGGUGAUAUUGCCUGGCAUGCUGAAAAGGAACAACGGGGACGGCGCUGGCGACAUUAUCAACAUCGGCUCAAUUGCAGGCCGCGAGCCUUACGUUGGGGGUAGUAUCUACUGUGCAACCAAGUCUGCUGUCAAGGCAUUCACCGAAAGCUUGCGAAAGGAGCUGAUCUCGAAGAGAAUUCGGGUGAUUGAGGUUGACCCCGGUCAAGUUCAGACCGAGUUCUCUGUCGUGAGAUUUUACGGCGAUAAGAGCAAGGCCGAUGCUGUCUAUGCGGGCUGUGAGCCGCUAACACCUGAUGAUGUCGCUGAGGUUAUCGUUUUUGCUGCUGGGAUGAGGGAAAACGUUGUUAUUGCUGAUACCUUGAUUUUCCCCAACCAUCAAGCCAGUGCUACUAUCAUGCACCGGAAAUCGAACUAG